CGAUGCAGACGGUCUUAAUAAUUCACUUUCUUCUCCAGCCGUAGAGAACACCACGCACGGACGCACCAGCCAGCCGCCACGCUCUUCCAGCCGGCCGCCAACGCCAUGCAUGUAUGAUCUCGUCUCGUCCAAAUCGUCUCCGGAAACCUGAAAUCCCCUCCGCCACUGCAAUCCCCAUUCCCCGAUCCAAGCCGCGGGAACAUGCAUUGAGCUCCUCUAGGGGUUACUGCUACCACCAGACGGGCCGGCGGGAGUGUGGAAAAUAGCCGCGCUUUCGUCUCCAUGACCGGCGCCGACUCGGGCGCCGCCUCGCUUGAGAACACCCCCGGGGAGGGCGGGAGCGUCGAGUGGCGGCGCAUCUACGACCGGGUCGAGGCGCUGCUGCCGCGGGUCGAGGAGCUCGCCGCCGGCAAGGCCCGGCGCGACUCGUCGGGAGCCCGCGACAACGCCCUCCAGGCCCGUCUCCGCCAGGCGGAGGCGAGCAGGAGCCGGUGGAAGGCGGCCUACAGGGAGCUCUCGCACGAUGCCAGCGGCAACAAGCUCGCCGCACUUCAACAGAGUGAUUUGGAGGCGUCCAGCACCCGUGAUGCCCUCUCUAUCGUCGAUGCCUCCUCACAGCAGAAGAUACAAUCGAAGGAGGCUGAUCAUGAGGACGUUGCAAGGGAUUUAAGAGCUGAGCUAAGAAAAUUAAAGCAAGCUUGUAAGACUCUGAGCUCAGACAAGGAUAAGGAAGUUUCAGCAUUGGGUGCAGUAAGGGACUAUCUGUGGAACCAAUUGAGGACGAUGGACAAGGAAAACACGGUGCUCCUUAAGAUAAAAGAAGUUGAGGCAGCACAAGCUACUGAAGCAGCAAAACAGCUUCAGCACAAGAUAGAGGAGCUGGAAAUGGCAGCCCGAAACAAAGAUGAUGUGGUUGCCCGAUUGAGAGCAGAAAACAAGGACACUAGUAACAAGCGACCACGACUUUAUUCCAAUAUGUGCAUCUUUGUCAAGAUCCACGAUGGCAAGACCAUCUCUCUCGAGGUCGCAGAUUCAGAUACAAUCAACAGUGUGAAGGCUAAGAUUCAAGAGAAGGAGGGCAUCCCUGCAGGUCAUCUGAGACUCAUCUAUAUCAAUAAGCUGCUAGUGGGCAGCCGCACCCUAAAGGACCAGAACAUCCAGGAGGAGGACAUACUUGACAUUGUGUUCAGAGGCAUCCACAUAAUUGCCAAGAUGCGGUCUGGCAAGAGCACGACUCUUGAGGUCGAGAGCUCAGAUACAAUUUACAGUGUGAAGGCAAAGAUUUUUGAUCAGACGUGUAUGGCCCCAGCCGGGCAACGCCUCUUCUUUGCUGACAAGUUGCUGGAGGACGGAUGCACCUUGGCUGACUACAACAUCCAAAACGACUCUGUCCUUGGUGUUGAAUUCCUCUUCCCGCUGGAGAGGCUGCGUGUCUCGGUCAGGACGCAGACUGAAAAGAGCGUCAUCGAACAUGCCUUUAUGCGCUCGGAUACGGUCGACGAUAUCAAGGCGAGGAUCUACGCUGAGUUGGGCAUUCCCCCAGACGAGCAACGCCUCUUGUCGUACGGAGACCUGCUUCAGGACGGCCAACCCCUGUUUCCAGAGAUAUGUGGUGCCGGCACCGUCCAUCUGCACCUUCGACCUCCUGGUGGCCAGUGAUGUGGAUGCCAUGGUCAUCGGAGGAAUUCCUCAUAAAGACAUGAUGUCUCUGAUGGCCAUUGGGUUAUGGUGAUAUUACUUAGAUAGUAAUUGCUCGACUAGCGUGGAGUUAUUUAAUAAUGACGUACUCAUAUGGACCGGCUGCUUAGCCAUUCGAGA